UGUGAAAUUCUAUCAGAUGGAGUUCUCGUCACUUCUCGUCUUGUCUCUCCCUAUAUACACUGCUGAAUCGCUCCUUCGAGUCAUGCCGUCCAAUCUUCCCGUAAAACCCUAUACUGCCCGACCUAAUUACAAUUCAAGCCACUGCAUCUGAUCUCGACUCUCUCGCUGAUUUGGGCAUGGACCCCCUCUCGGCCCUCCGCGACUACACUAUCCGCGGCGAACUGGACAGGAUCGUCCGGCUCAACGACGAGUUCCGGUUCGGCUCUGACUAUUCCUUCCCAUGCUCCGCCGAGACCGCCUACAGGUCCAAACUAGGCAGCCUUUACACCCUGGAGACCCUUCUGUAUUUCGUCAGGAAUCACCACGUGAAGCACAUCGAGUACCUCCAGAAGGCUCGCACGCAGGGGAUCCCAGCCGUCACUUUACCGGACCGCAAACCUCUGCUUGAGUACCUCCAAGGGAAGGUCUCGUCUUCCGAUGCCAUCGAGUUCCUCGUCCCCCCGAACACCAUCAACCUCAACCUCAACAACAGCAGAUUCCCCGAUUUGCCCCUCGCUUCCUCUCUUAUCCCCUCCGAGUCCACGGCGCCGAACCCUAACGCUGUCGACAACUUCACCGAGCCUACAGCUCAGAAUGCGGAUCUCUCUUCGACGAAUAUGAUCCAAGCGAUCGAACGGCCGCUGAAGGACCGGGAAUCGCUUCUGGAAUGCAAGCAGAGGGACUUCUACAGCGUGUUAGUGGCGUCAACGAAGCGCGAGGAGGAGCGGCAACGUAUAGAGUCGCAGCAGAGGAAAGACGGGCUCGUCGCCAAGAGUCGGCUCAUGGGUUCGGAGGAGACCCGUUACGGGGACGAAUCGGGCUAUGACGCGACGCCCAAGCCCAAGAUGCACUUGAAGGGAAGCAAGAUCGGUGAAGGGGUGCCGAUAAUUCUGGUGCCCAGCGCGUCUCAGACGCUGAUAACGAUUUACAACGUGAAGGAGUUCUUGGAGGAUGGCGUGUUCAUUCCUACGGACGUCAAGCAGGUGAAGGGGGCCAAGCCCGACUGUGUGACGGUGCAGAAGAAGUUUAGUAGGGAUAGAGUGGUCACGGCCUACGAGGUCAGGGACAAGCCCUCGGCGCUCAAAGCCGAUGAUUGGGAUCGGGUCGUAGCCGUUUUCGUGUUGGGGAAGGAGUGGCAGUUCAAGGACUGGCCGUUCAAGGACCAUGUCGAGAUAUUCAAUAAGAUUCUAGGAUUUUUUAUGCGUUUUGAAGAUGAUAGUUUGGAGUCGGCAAGGACUGUGAAGCAGUGGAAUGUAAAGAUCAUCUCGAUUAGCAAAAAUAAGCGACACCAAGACCGAACUGCGGCACUUGAGGUUUGGGACAGACUAGAAGAAUUUGUGCGGUCACGCUCCCAUUCUUGAUGUGCAUGGAAUUUCUAGAAAAGCUGUAUGGAUAUUUCUGACAUUUGGGAAAAGCACAACCAAACAAAGAAAAUUUGCUUUAUUACCAGAGAAAAAACUUGUUCUUUGCCAAUGUGCCUUAUGGAAUGGCCUCUUGUUGAUUUUUUUUUUGAUAAGUAAGAAGUAAGUUUUAUUCAUACGAAUGAAAUAGGCAUAGCCUGUGUACACAUGAAGUAUACAAAAGAAUACCUAAAUACAUUCUAGACUAAGGAAAGAAAGUCAUGAACAUUGCUUCCAUCAAGUACGACAGAUGAGAACCAAAGCAUUAAAGUGCACAUAAAAAAAUUCUGGAGCUCCGCCGUUGUGCGCUCCCGAUCUUCAAAGCACCUCUCAUUCUUUUCUGAUCAUGUACACCAGAUGAUACACAACAGGAUCAUCUUCCACAUUGCCGUCAUUUGAGGACAGCCUUGAAGCUCAUUCCAACAAGCCAAUAAAUCCACCAUCCUCAAAGGCAUUACCCAAGCAACAUCCAUUCUUCUAAAGAUCUCAUUCCAUAGCCCCCUUGUGACCUCACAAUACAAUAUUAAGUGAUCUACAGAUUCUCCAUGCUUUUUGCACAAAGAGCACCAAUCCAUCACAAUGAGUCCCCUCUUUCUCAGAUUGUCUGCAGUCAAGAUCUUCCUAAGAGCAGCAGUCUAAACAAAGAAAGCUACUUUAUAAGGCACCCGGGACCUUCAAAUCCUCUUCCAUGGGAAUGGAGCAUGGCCUUGGGCUGACAAUAGCUUGUAGUAUGUUUUGACUGUCCAUUUUUUUACUAUCAUUGGCCCUCCAUUGCAACUUAUCCUCCUGUGCUGUAGUAUUUCCCAUGGAAUAGAGCAACUUGAAAAAAUCAGACAUGGCAUGCAAUUCCCAAUCAUGAAUAUCCCUAUUAAAAAGGACAUUUCACUGGUAAGAACCAUGGGGGAAUACCUGCAUAUCUGCCACAGAAGCCUCACUGUUGGCUACAAUAUGAUAAAGUGCUGGGAAAUGCCCUAUACAAAGCGCACUUUUCAUAACAAAUAUCAUGUCAAAACCUGAUUCUGGAACCCUCUCCCACCACAAACCGUAUGUGACUUUCGAAGCGCUGCCAUCCCCUCCUAAUAAAUUUCCAUAAGCCCACGCCAUACCCCCCCUCGUUACAUUGGAACUCCAGCCUUCCCGUGCACUCCCGUGUCUAGAAUCAAUAAUCUCCUUCCAAAGCGUGUCUCCCUCUAAGUGGUACCUCCAUAACUAUUUUCCUAACAAAGCUUUAUUGAAAGUCCUCAAAUUGCACUCCCAACAAAGCUUCUUGUUGUAAAUGAUUUGCAUUUACUAGUGUUAAGGAAGUUGCCCGUGGAGGUUUUUAGCUAGUGAUGAUUAGGUUUUCUGAUAUAACGGGAAAAUAUAUUUGUCUCUUGUAUGCCAGCUUUGUGAUGUUUUAUUUCCUAGUAGUUGUUGGAAAUUAAUAAAACUACAAGUAUUCUACAACUUUAUUUGAAAUAAAGGACAAUCAUGUAAACUCAUUUUAAUUUUAUUCUUCCUAAACUAAUUGAGUUCUUCUACUUAUCAUCCAUAUAUUACACAUUUGGCAAGAGAAAAAAUAAAAAAUAAAAAAUUAUGUGGUGUGUGGUAUGUGGAUGAUGAGGAGAAUUUUUCUUCUUUUUAAUCAAGUGGCACAAUUUUAUUAAUUUUUUGUAAAAUAUCUUGUAAAAUUGUUGUAAAAGAGUUGCAGCUUAUAUACAGUUAGUCACUCGUGAUCAGCAUGAUUCUUCCUCUGUUAAACCUGUUUGUCUCAGCUGCUACUGACGUUGAUAUCGUGAUGAAUCUCAUUCUUUCAGAAUCUGACUGUAGUGGCACGGUUGAAGAGUCUUGUAUCGAUGGGAGUUUGUGUGGAUGUGUAGUGG